AUGGGUUUCAUCGGCGCCACCGCAACAGGCCUCAUGGCCGGCCUACACGGCUACAUCCUCGUCCUCGAGAUGUUCCUCUGGACCUCCCCGCGCGGCCGCAAGGCCUUCAAGCUGACCGCCGAAUUCGCCGAGCAGACCAAGACGUUGGCUGCCAACCAGGGCCUGUAUAAUGGCUUCCUCGCUGCCGGUCUCGUCUGGGGCCUCGCCCACCCCGUCCCCGAGUUCGCCCAGCAGAUCCGCCUCUUCUUCCUCGGCUGCAUCGUCGCCGCUGGCGCGUACGGCGGCGCCACGGCCAACCCCCGCAUCCUCUUCAUCCAGGCCGUCCCGGCUCUGGCUUCCAUCGGCGCCGUGCUGUCCGGCUACUGA